AUGCAGUUCAAGAAUCUCGCAAUCCUCGCUGCCGCUGGCACUGCCGUCGCUGAGUUCGCUAUUAUCACCACACCUAUUCCCACCAAUCUGGGCGAGGUUCUCACAAACGCCGACGGCUACGCCUCCUCAGUCCUCAACGAAGUCUCAAUGGGCCUCGCAUCCCUCACCCAAGGCUCCGCUCUCUCUGCUGCAGCAUCUGCCCACAAGGGUCUCGCAUCCUUUGUCGCUACAGCCUCAUACUCCAUUCCCAGCGAAGUUACCAAAGUCGGUGCGCUUGAGACUUUCUCCGAGACACCAGCGUGGUACAGUGCGCUCCCGAGCGACAUCAAGAGCUACUACGACAGCUACAACGCCGAAGUUCAGAGGCUGGUCAACCAGGCUAUUCUAGGCGAGAACGGCACUACUGCGUCUACAACCAGGUCGGGAUCGGGUGGUGCGACGGGUGCCAGUGCGAGCUCGGGCCCAAGUGAGACUGGUGCGGCUAUGGGUAACAUGGUCGGCAUGAUGGGUGCCGGUGUUGCUGCGGCCUUUGCGGGUGUCAUGGCUCUGUGA